GACUAGUACUAUUUGUAGGUGGAGGAGAGAGAGAGGCUGUGAGUGCCUCGUAGGUCCGUCUUUCUUGAAUCCUGACCUCUCUCUCUCUCUCUCUCUCUCAUAUAUGUGUAUGUAACAUAUAUAUGUAUACAUAUAGAGCUUUUUGCUGUUAAUUUUCGUCUUUUCCCCUAAAUCUAGCAAUAUUAGUACAAAGUUAAAACGAGUCAAAAUAAUACUAUAGACAGAGAACCCGAACAAAAGUAGUGCAAUUUUGGGGUUGGCUUUGGUUGCCUUACCCUUUCAUUUCAUCUCAUCGGCUUUAUACUAAGCAUUUUCUGCAAUAGCUUGAGAGAGAAACAGAAGAAAUGGGAAAUGUUUCUCAGGAAGCGAUCAAGCUUUUUGAAGCUCUCAUGGAUCAAGUUGAGGAGCCUUUGAAGAGAACGUUUCAGAAUGUUCAUCAAGGACAUGUACCUGAAACUUUGGCGCGUUUUCUAAAAGCAAGAGAGUGGAAUGUUACCAAAGCCCAUAAAAUGUUGGUGGAUAGCUUAAAUUGGAGGGUGCAAAAUGAGAUUGAUAAUAUGCUAGCGAAACCCAUAAUUCCAACUGAUUUAUACAGAGCAGUACGUGAUUCACAGCUCAUAGGACUUUCAGGUUACUCAAGAGAGGGCCUGCCUGUCUUUGUUAUGGGUUGCGGGCUCAGUACAUUUGAUAAAGCGUCUGUAAGUACUAUGAUUAAAGACUUG